UGUUACCGUGAAAGAAUUUUGUCGAAGAUUUACAAGGGCAGUUCAAAAGAGAUGGUUACGAUCCCACAGAAAUAGUGAAGUUUUUAGACGUGAUUACAGUAAUUGGCUUGAGGCAAAUAUUGACUGGCCAAACUGCGUGCAAACCAAUUUGCUCAUUAAAGAAUCAACAAGUGAAAAUAUUUCUACUGAACCUGUACCUGAACCUGUACCAUCAACUUCAACAAUGAAAUCAACUUCAACGAUGACAAAAAGAUCUAGAAAGCCGUUUGAAGAUCUAAGUAACAAGCAGAAAAAGAGACGAUCUGAUGAAUAUAAAGGCGAUGACCCUAAUGAAGUAGCUUAUUCAGCUGCAGCACUUUUGAAAGGAGAUGGUCGUGAGGAUAUUGCAUCUGUUAUUGAACAUAUGCUCCAAAAUCCAGAAGCAGCAGCAAAAAUUAAGGAAAUGUUGAACAAACCAGCUCCUUCAACAAUAUUUUCACCAGAAAAAGCACUGGGUUUGCUACUUUCAUUAAAACUAUCGAAAUGGCAAUAUAUCACAUUAAGGGAAACGACUAUUCGAGAAGGUUCAAAGGAGAUAUAUCCUUCUUACUAUAAAGUGCAAAAAGCUAAGCUACAGUGCUACCCUCCGAAGGCAUUUGUGACUGUAACGGAUUCAUCUGCUAAGAUUGCACUACAAGCGUUACUAGAUUUAACAGUGAACAGAAUUUUUGAAACUAUUCGUAGUCCUGAUGCGAUACAAAAUAAACAAUUGAUAUUAAUAUCAAAGUGGGGAUUUGACGGUGCAUCUAACCAAAGUAGAUAUAAGCAAAACAUAGAGAGUGGUCAAGAUGAUUCCAGCAUAUUUAUGACGUCUUUGGUUCCAUUAAAGUUGACAGCUGACGGUGAUACCGUAUGGGUGAAUCCAAAACCCUGCUCACCUAUGUAUUGCCGUCCAGUCCAGUUUAGUUUUGUGAAAGAAACCAAAGACGUUGUCAUAAAUGAAAAAACUGCAAUGGAUAACGAAAUUGAAGCUCUCGUUCCCUCAAAAUGUCAAGGACAUGAAGUUAGUCACAAAUUAAUGAUGACGAUGAUUGACGGCAAAAUUUGUACAUAUCUGUCUGAAGCUAAGUCAAAUGCGGCCUGCUACCUGUGUUUGGCUAAGCCUACAGAAAUGAAUAAGUUAGAUGUCAUUGCGUCAAAAACCAUUUCUUCUGGUGUGUAUGAGUUCGGAUUAUCAACACUUCAUGCCCGCAUUAAUGUGAUGGAAUGUCUUUUACACAUAGCGUAUCGUCUCGACUUCAAAAAGUGGUCUGCAAGAGGAGAAGGUCAUCAAGAGUUAUUGCAUUCACGAAAAAAACUCAUUCAAGAUCGAUUCAAAGAUGAUCUCAACCUUUUGAUUGACAUCGUUAAGCAAGGAUCAGGCACAACUAAUGACGGGAACACAGCAAGGCGGUUUUUUGAAUUUCCUGAUAAAACUGCAGCGAUCACUGGAUUAGAUGAAGACCUAAUACGCAGAUUUUCUGUGAUUCUGCAAGCUAUCACAUCUGGAGAGAUUAUAGACGUGCCGAAAUUUAAAGAAUACGCUGGAACAACCGCUGAAAAAUACGUGGAACUGUCUGAUUGGUAUGAUAUGUCAUCAACCGUCCACAAAUUGUUGAUUCACGGAGGGGACAUAAUUGCAGAAAAUGCUAUUGUACCAAUUGGAAGUCUUUCGGAAGAAGCUUCAGAGGCCCGAAACAAAGACUUUAGGAGGUUCAGAGAACACCAUUCGAGGAAAAAGAGUCGACAAGCAUCAAACGAGGAUAUCCUCAAUAUGCUUAUCAUCUCUUCUGAUCCUCUAAUUUCUUUCACAAGACCAAAAUUAGAUGCCCACAAGCGGCAGACAUACUUUAAGGAAACAGUAGAACUAUUGAAACUUCAGGAUCAGGAAGCUCCGACAGAGUUCUGA